AUGCAUUCUGAUGGAAAGGUGAUUAUGUACUGUGUAGUUAACUAGUAACGGAGGUCAGCCGCAAAAUUACUUCACCUUACCUCAUCUCUGGUGCUUUCGAAGGGAAUUCCAGACUUAAUUGCCGGCUUAAAAUUGGUACCACCACGCUGGCAGAUCUUGCUCUCUUGAGCGUACAAGCAAAUUUCACCGGCCCGGAACAAUCUCCAAUAUUAUUUAUGAGUUUGUUUACUUCAGACCACGGGCGUUUUCCGAAUAGGACAGGUUAAAAAAGUGACAUGCGCUAGACUGCCAUAAUCAAGUGAAAAUUUUGCAUGAGUUGAACUAAUUUCGAUUUAUUCAUUAAGGUGUGUAUAACAGCUUCAUGCAAAGUCAAAUUACUGGCUUUGACAGUGGAGGACUCGACUUGCUAACCAUAGUUUACAGCGCAAGGUUUCUAAAAAGCAGUGAUGAUAUCCAUUAUUGAUCUGCUUUUAGGUGGAAAAAGUCAACAGCGACGGCUCUCGUCUCAUUUCCUUUGCAAACGGUACAAGAAAAGAAAUCAGUGCUGACGGCCAGACCGUUAUCGUCACUUUCUUUAAUGGAGACAUCAAGCAAAUUAUGCCUGAUCAGCGAGUGGUAAGAUAAACUAUUCGUUCUCUUGUGUGAUAUUUCGAUCUUUUCUAGACAGCUGGGAGGGCCGCUUAACAUUUUUUGUCGUUGGCACAUGGCUCCCUCUCUUGCGACCCUCAGCGUAUUUAAAGCCGGUAACACUUGCAAUUUUCCCUUGCGUCUAAACUGUGGGCAAUAUCAGCGCGGUUUAGAGCAGCAAAGACGCUUAAAAUUCGAUGGUAACGCAGUUAAAUUUACUCUAAAAUUGCGGCGAUUUUCGCGGGGAAAGACCGAUUUCUGUCCUUCUCUUGCGCAUUGUCAAAAAUAGCUACAAAAAAUCAGGAAAAAUUACCAUUUUGUCCUGCGAGCAGUUGCACGUGUAAACGCCCCUUUAAAACUCAUUUUCUUUUAAAAUUCAAGAGCAUGGGAUGAAGGAAGUUGUGCGUCGUGUCUUGUUUGAAAAAAAUUCUCGUUUUUAAUUUUGCAGCCCAAGAGUUCAAAAUAAUUUUUAUUUAGAAUUUCUAUCAAACUCAUGAUCUGUUCAUCAUAAUUUCAAACACCUAAAGUUUGUUAAAAAUACAAGGCGUAAGUCGUUGUUUUGUUGUGAGAACGCUCUCGUUCUCGAUAUUUUACAUUUUUAUAUACUUCUUAGUCUGAGAACUAGCUGUCUGAGCCCAAAGAACGCUUAAGAAGAAAGAUAUCUCAAAACAAUCUAAGAAAUAUUCUGCGUCUGAUUCCAUAUUCUUCGUCUUGUCUGACUUAAAUGCAGCACGCGGAAGCCAAACUUGUAGCAAAAAAUGUCGCAGAGCCGUACACUUGCAUUGAUAUAUAUAUCAAACCAUCGACUUUUAUGGGCAAUGGAAUAAAUACAGUCUCGCAGAUAUACCAAAUAUAUCAUGAAAAAGGAAUGACUCUAUUACUGCGUACAAGCUAUUCUGUGAACGGUGCUAAAUUCGGCGAGUUGAAGGCGAGUGUUCUUAGAAAGCUUUGUAAAGUGAAACACACAGGAAAUUAAUAUUAUAAAAAUCUCUCACCUUACCAAGUUCUGUGUCGCAAACAUGUGAGGCAAACGUCCGCCGCAGUGUCUAUUUGGUGGCGAUAGUCUACGGUCUUGAAGAUGAUGACUAGUUUGAGCAACCACGAUGGUGAUGGCAGCCAAAACUGCAGCACUGUGCGAAACAAGGCCGGUGUGCACGUGCGUUUCACAUUUUAGUACAUUUCUCUGUCGUCACACGGCCGCAAAACAACAAUCAAAUCUUGAAGGUUAAGGGAUAAACGAAAAAGCAAGAUAGUUAACUUUUCUGUUUCUCUUCGGACUAUAAAGUAAAAAAUUCACGAAAUCACAUGCAAGAGAUUUUCGCUAUAUCUUGGUUAGUUGGCGAAAAGUUCAGAACCGGAUGAUAAACUUUGAAAUGCCUUAGAAAUAAGUGUCUUCCAAAUUGUUAAUUCUUCAUUUAUUUUCUUGAUCAGAUUUACUAUUAUUCAGAAGCGCAGACUACUCAUACCACAUACCCUGAUGGACUGGAAGUGCUUCAAUUUCCCAGGUCUGAACAUAACACUCAAUGGAUUGAAUCACUUCACCUUUCUUUCUGUAUUUCUUUUCGUUGAACUAAACACCAAGUUUCUAAAAGUGCCAUCCACUAAUGACUUUGCUUCUCUUCGAAUCAGCAAACAGGUUGAGAAGCACUACCGUGACGGAACAAAGGAAAUCAUCUUUCCUGAUCAGACCAUUAAGUACCUGUACCCAAAUGGAGCGGAAGAAUGCGUGUUUAGUGACGGUACCAUACAAAAGGUUAACGUGGAAGGAGAGAGAACUAUUGAAUUCCCAAAUGGACAACGGGAAACUCACACCAAGUGCUAUAAAGUAGGUGGAGACACAACAUUUUGUACUUUGUACCUUGUGUUGCUCGAGUUCUUACUGUGGCUUUCCUAGUUUCAUACCGCGACGUGUCUCACUGCGGGACGUUGAGUGUCACAACUUGAUUAUGAUUCUUACGUCUCGAGGUCUUAAUUCAUUUUGAAAAGUAAACAAAAGACAAAUGUAUAAAAAAAAGCUUGCGCUCUUGUACGCCCCACAAGAAUAGAACGUUCAGUGUAUCGGUUAAAUGCUCUCCCACUGAGCUGUGAUUUAAAAAAAAAAAAAUAGCGAAGGAAUACUCGAAGAUUGACCUCACAAGUUGGGUAAGAGGUAAUACCAUAUUGCUCCUCUCCUAGAAACUAAAUCAGGCGUAAAAGAUGUUUUUUUUUUUCAGAACUGCAGGUCCUCGACUUGUUAAGUGUUGUUCUCUGAGUGACGUGUUUUUUGUCCACAUUUAGAAAAGAGAGUACCCUGAUGGGACAGUAAAGACAGUCUAUCCGGAUGGUCGAACAGAGACCCGGUAUGCCACGGGACGUGUGCGGGUCAAGGAUCGAGAUGGUCGGGUUAUAGUGGAUUCUUUGAACCAACUAAGAUGACAGCCCCUACUAUGCAAAGAUAUUAUAAAGUUGUGGGUGUAUAUGAGAAAAUUAUUAAAAACGAAGAUACACUUGUCGUGCAAAUAAGCCACAAUUGUUAAGACGUGUG